UAAAUCUGUCAAGAAAAUCCGUAAUCCUGUCAGUUGUGUGUCAAGGGAGAAGUUUUCCUUUUGCGAGGGGCUUGUGUUUUCAUUAUCAGAUCGAGAAAAAGUAUUCGAAAGACAUGAAAUAAAUAACAAAACUUGAAGAGAAUUAACGGCUGACCGAAAUUGCGGUCAAGAGCAAAAUCGGUCGUUUGGCAAACGAAAUUGCCGCAUAGCCAAAAAUUCACGACUUCAUAAUCGCAAUCACAAGUGUCAAUCGGGAAUCUCAUAAAUUCGAAGAGUGCAAAAAAAAACGAGAACACGGACGAGGACUUUUCCCUAUAUAUUUUUCUGGGACGACACUAGUCGUGUAAGAAAUGAAAACAUCGCUCUUUUGCUGUUCAUGAGAUUAUUUGCCUGAACUUGCCAAGCAGAACCCACCACGGAAAAUCGGACGAAACCAAAAUGACUUCGGCUGUCGAUAUUCAAAUAGUGAAUCCGCCAAAUUUGGAGAAAAUUCAGAAUUUCUUCAAGGACGCGACAUAUCGCGAAACAAUUGAGUUCAGUGCAAAUUUCAAUACGCGGCUAUGUAUCGAGCGGCGAUUGCGGCUACCAUUCAUCGACCCCCAGACGGGAGUAGCGCAAAACCACUCGCAAUUGUUUAUGGAUCGGCGACAGCGUUUGCCCCCGUUUCGGGAGGGACAGAUCUAUUCAUAUCCGGCUGCUCGAUGGCGGAAGAGUCGACGCCAGUAUUUGAGCAAAAUGUACAGAUACUCUGAGCGACCAUUCCAAGCACUUAAACGACCGGAACCAGGAAUAGAAACAGCCGAUUCAGAUUUCAAUGGAACUUUACUUGAAGAAUCAUCUUCCCUUGGUGGAGCCGACACAUCAGACAGCAAAGACAGCCAACAGCAUCUUAAAGAGGAUCUACCAAAAGAAUGGUUCUACGACGAAAUGGACAUGAACGAAAUGGAUGCCCUGGAGGAGCCAAAGUCGCCAGCUGACGAUGAAUACGAUUAUGAUCCACGUUACGGCAAUAAGAAACGAAGAAAACGACGACCCGGCAAGAAAGCUAUGUUGCCGCAUUUAACCGAUACUGUAAGAAAAGGUCGUCCUGGCGCUGGCGCAUCAGGUCGUGGCCGAGGAAGGCGCAAGACACCGCGCGAAUCGCGCAAUAUAGAUCCUCCUAGCCCUGGUCUGACAUCAGAACCGCCAUCAUUUGAAUCAGCGGCGGCCGCUGUAUCCGAGAGUGUGACGGGCGGCGAUGACUCUGAAUUGAGAAAUUACCGAAAGUACCUGUAAUAUACUCUUUAUCGGAUUUUUAUUUUAUUUUAUUGCUAACAAUUAUUGAAUUAAUAAUAUUUUGAAACUGAGAUGAUGAUUAAUGGAAUCAAUCAGUCACAGCGGUCGAUGAGUUAUACAAAUUUGUAAAUUCGGGAAAGUGGUUUUGUCAUAGAAACUGGUCUGUACAGAAUAGUUCGAUAAACAAAAUUGAAUAGAAUGCGACCAAACUCAUCAAUAUUGCUUGAAGUCACAAGAAAAUAUUUUUAUUUACAAUAUUUCUUUAAUUGUUUUGAGUAAAACAAUUACUCGCGAAUUGCAAAGUGAAAUUUUAUCUUUCGUUCGCGAAGCUUUAGCAAUUCGACUACUGUGACUGAAUUUUAACAUUUUAAAGCAUAACAGCAUCAAUAAUUUAAAAAUUAUAAAAUUGGGUAAAAAAUAAGUCGUUCAUGUGGAAAAGGAAUGAAAUUAGAAAGAGAAAAUGAGAAAGAUUACAUUUCAAAUGGAACGAGAAUAAUUUUAUUCAAAUUUAUUCAACGCUUGUAACAACAACAGAAGAAUGCAUCACAACCUCGUUUGCACAACACACUCUAAAUAUGAAUAUUUAUUAUUUCGUCCACGAAUAGGAUUUUAUUUUGGAGACUAUACUUUUCUGGAUUAGUUGACUGAACAAUUGUUUUAGGAUAGAAACGCAUACACUCGCAUCACACGCAUCCAAAAAUCUUUAAAGAAAUAAUCAUCUUCUCAUUAUGUCAAUAUUCUAUAUAUGUAUGUGUAUGGAAAAGAUUUAUUCUCCUUUUAGGUUUUCUAUUAUUAUUCUCAUAUUUUUUUCAAAGAAAUUAAAAUAUAUAUAAAUAUAACUAAUAAAUAGGGCAUAUGUUUGUGUAUGUAUAAUAAGACAUGAGUACACAGAAGUUGAAUAAACAACAAUUUAUUGUA